AUGGAGAAAGUGAGAGAGAUAGUGAGAGAAGGGAGGAGAGUAGGAAAAGAAGACCCGAGAAGAGUAGUUCAUGCUUUCAAAGUAGGACUUGCUCUUGCUUUGGUCUCUUCCUUCUACUAUUACCAACCUCUCUACGAUAACUUCGGUGUCAAUGCAAUGUGGGCUGUUAUGACAGUCGUUGUCGUCUUCGAAUUCUCAGUAGGGGCCACACUUGGGAAAGGAAUAAAUAGAGCAGUGGCAACAUUAGUAGCGGGAGGACUAGGAAUCGGAGCUCACCACCUAGCAAGUUUGUCUGGUCCAACAGUAGAACCUAUUCUUCUUGCCAUCUUUGUCUUUGUGCAAGCUGCGUUGUCGACGUUCGUGAGGUUCUUCCCACGUGUGAAGGCAAGAUAUGAUUAUGGGAUAUUGAUAUUCAUAUUGACCUUCUCACUGAUAUCAGUGUCGGGGUUUAGAGAGGACGAGAUAUUGGAUUUGGCACAUAAGAGACUAUCGACAGUGAUAAUGGGAGGAGUCAGUUGCGUCCUUAUCUCUAUCUUUGUCUGCCCUGUCUGGGCCGGACAAGACCUUCAUUCUCUUCUUGCCUCCAACUCCGACACACUCUCCCACUUCCUUCAAGAAUUUGGAGACGAAUAUUUUGAAGCGACAGAGGAUGUGGACAUGAAAGAAGUAGAGAAGAGGAGAAGGAAUCUUGAGAGAUAUAAAAGUGUUCUCAACUCAAAAAGCAAUGAAGAAGCUUUGGCUAAUUUCGCAAAAUGGGAACUGCGUCACGGUCAAUUUAGAUUUAGGCAUCCAUGGACACAUUAUCUUUCCCUGGCUGCAUUACUCCGUCAGUGUGCUUACCGGAUUGAUGCCUUGAACUCAUACAUCAACUCAGAUUUUCAGGUCCCAGUUGACAUAAAAAAGAAAUUAGAAGAACCAUUAAGAAGAAUGUGCUCGGAGUCAGGAAAGUCGAUAAAAGAAGUCUCUAUUGCAUUGAAGAAAAUGACAAAAUCAUCUUCUUCCGAUAUCCAUGUCUUAAACUCACAGUCAGCAUGCAAAGCUCUUUCAACUCUACUUAAGUCAGGUAUCUUGAACGAUGUGGAGCCACUACAAAUGAUCUCAUUGCUGACGACAGUCUCUCUGCUCAUCGAUGUUGUUGAUUUAACCGAAAAAAUCUCAGAAUCCUUUAACGAGCUUGCAUCCGCUGCAAGAUUUGAGAACAAGAUCAAGCCGACCGUGUCAUUCAACAAGUCGGAUUCUGUAAGCAUUGCUCGUGGCAAGCCAGUCAAAUCUCAAGAUAACGAUGAUCAUGUUGUCACAAUUCUAAGUGAUGUUGGUACAUCAAACAAUGUUGAUCAGUCGCGUGGAGAGAGUUCAGUGGAGUCUUGUCAUCAUGUCGCCAUAAAGAUUGAUGGUGAUGAUGAUUCGAUCCAUGAAAAACAUGAAGAUGCUGAAAUACAUGUACAUACGAGUUGUGGUGAUCAGGCUAAUGCUAGUGAGGUUUUGAAUAGUAAUAAUAAGUAA